UUGUGGAUGCUCGUUCCUCCGGCCAAUGGUGCCGGUCGAGCUCUUCGGGUUUUUGGUCGGGCUCCUCCCUCCAGUCAGCCCAACUAUGACGACUCGGAUGCGUCCCACUUUGAGACCAAACCGCGCUCAUACUGUAUUAGUUCACGUUUAGAUCCGGACCGUUUUUUUUUUUCCAUUCACGACGACUUGUUUAUUAGGCCGCGCCGUGGCGCGUAUCAGGCGCCUUCGGGACCUUCGAGGCGGGAUGAGCGGCCACCGGCCACGGCCGGACGAACACCCGACGCCGGAGUAAUCCGUCGAGGAAGACCCGAGAGCGUCAUGGCUGGGAUAAAGAGCACCUUAUUCGUCUGUCUGCACUAUGUGCUCCUCUACACGGCGUCCCGCGAGGUGACCGUCCCCGAGGGACCCCUGUACCGCGUGGCCGGCUUCUCCCUCUCCCUCCCCUGCGCCGUCUCGGGCUACGAAGGCCCCCGCACGCAGGACUUCGAGUGGUUCCUGUACAGGGACGACUCCGGCGGCAGGCAGAUGGGGGUGGUGUCCACCAAAGACAAGAGCUUCCCCUACGCCCCCUACCAGGCCCGGGUGAGGAACGGCGAGGUGAGGGUGGACCGUGACUCCGGCGACCACGUGCGGCUGGUGGUGCAGAGGCUGCGCACCGACGACCAGGGCAAAUACGAGUGCUACACGCCCAGCACGGACAGCGUGUACCAGGGGUCCUACAGCGGCGCUGUGGUCGUCAAAGUGAUUUCUGACACGCUCCAGAUCAGCUUCACCCGCUCCCUGACGGGGCAGCCCCUCCCGGAAGGCGCCGAAUUAACUCUAACGUGCUCGGCGAGCAUCCGCUCGGAGCAGCUCACCCACCUGUCGGUCACCUUCGGGAAGCGAGGGGCCCGAGCGGGCUCGGGCGGCGCCGCCGCCGCCGCCGGCGGGCCGGAGCUCAGCACCGUUCGCGAGAUCAUCUCCAUCGACAAGCUGCUGGGCGUGGUGCCGGGACGCGCCUACAAGAAGCGCUAUGACGACGGCGACGUGACGCUGGAGAAACGGAACGGCGAGGGUGGCCAGGACGUCUACGUGAUGAAGAUGAGGGGGCUGCAACCCGACGACACGGGAGCGUAUUUCUGCGAGGCCGCACAGUGGAUUCGCGACCCGGACCGGUCGUGGCAGAAGAUUGCGCACAGGACCCUGGACAUCGGCAACCUGACUGUUAAGCAACUCUCCGAGUCUCUGAGCGUGACGUCUUCGCCCCGAGGAGAGGUGACCCUGCAGGUGGGUUCGCCUCUCCUCCUGACCUGCGAGGUCAACGGGCUGCCCGCCGACGUCAACUCGGGCCUGCAGGUCCAGUGGAUGAAGAGGGGCGAACUUGUCGGGUCUGGAGGGGUUGAGGUGGAGGUGGCCAGGAUGACCCCGGACGGGGUCGUGAGCUGGGGCGACGACGUCAGCCGAGCCAGCGGCGGCUCCAUGGAGAAAGUGGCGGAGGCCCGGUACUCCCUGAAGCUGUUCUCGGCCCGCCCCGCCGACUCGGGCGUCUACCGCUGCGUGGUGAGCGUGUACGCCGGGCGCAGGUUCCCCGCUCCCUCCGCUCCGGCGACGCUCACGCAGAGGUCGGAGGGCGUCACGGUCAAUCUCAAGACCAAAGAUGUGGUGGUUUCCGCGGAGGCUCAGCUGGCCCCAGGGCCGCUGCUGAAGCGGGGCAGCACCGUCACCCUCCUCUGCACCGCCGCCAUCACGACCACCGGCCCCGCCCGGGCUCAGGUGCAGUGGCUGCGGUGGCCCAUCCCCGAGCGGCAGGUCCGGACGCCCGAAAGCCCCGCGCCGGGGCCGUCCGUCGAGGCCGAGCCCACGCCGGUCGCCGCGCUCACGUAUGACGGCGUCGUGGAGAUCUACGGCAACGGCAGCGAGGUCAGCGUGGACCGCGUGUCCGCCGUCAGCUACCGGCUCAGGAUCCACGCGGCCACCGUCGAGGAUCAGGGCACGUACGCGUGCCGCGCUGAGGCCUGGGGGCAAGAUCCGCACGGAGGCUGGUACAACUCCGGGGCCAAGGCCGAGUCCAACGCGGUGACUGUGUACUUGUACGCCCGAGUCGCCGACCUCCUCCUCAUCCCGCUGGUGGUGGGCGUGUCGUCCGCCCUGCUGGUGGGCGUGGUCAUCGUCGCCGCCGUGACCUGCUGCUUCAUGAAGCGUCUGGCCAAACAGCGAGCUCGGAGGUAGCCGCCGCAGCCGCCCGCCAUUUUGAGGUUCUGCUGGCCCAGUUGGAUGCCAAACCUUUUUAUUUUUAUAAGCUUGUUACGAGACCACCGCUGUCAAAAGGCGCUUUCUCUCUCUCUCUCUCUCUCUCUCUCUCUCUCUCUCUCUCUCUCUCUCUCUCUCGCUCUGUUCUUUGCUCGUCCUCGUUCUCCACGAGUUUUUGUUUGUGCUCCGCUGACGAGUCGUGGAAUUAUUUCUCCCCCCUCCAUGAACUGAAAUAGUUGCUGUUCAUCCAAAUGUUUUUUUUGCCACGUGAGGAGUCGCUGACUUGACGGGUACUGAAAACGAAAACACGUGUUACUUACUUGGUACCGCGAGUUACUGUCGGCAAACGGACGCGUGCAUCUGAAAUGCACCGAGCAGAAGUUUGUACUGUAAAUAUGUUUUUUUUUCAUCUUGUUUGCGAAGAAGCUACUUCUGCAAAUUCCUUCGCAAGGACAAAAAGAAAUGGGGCCAAAAAACCACUUAGCGCGUUUGCUCAAUAGCGGCUGUUUAUUUUACACGUCUGCAGAUGUUUGCUCGAUAGGAGUUCGGACAAAUGGGGCCGGUCGUUUUUUCCACCUCACAGCAAGCGAGUGUUCUUCAUCUAUUUUAGAUUUGUACUAGUUUAGUUUCUUUUUGAAGAGCAAUCUUUUCUCCAUCCAUUUUCCAAGACUCAUAUCCUCACAGGGGUCGCGGCAGCGCCGGAGCCUAACCCGGCUAACUGGGGCCUAAAGGCGGACUACUCGCUAAUCAGUCGCAUGGAAAUCGACGAGCGGGCGUCGAUCCCACGUUGCCCUAAAGUGUGUACCACUACACUAUCAGUGACUAUUAAUGUUCGGACUAUAAUACGAUACGAUAAUCUGACUUUUUUUUUUUUUUUUUUUUAACCUGAAAUGCAAAAUUAUGACUGAAAGCAUACUACUCGAGUCUCAUAUUAGGCCCCCAUUCUCUCCUCAAUAAUUAUUUUCAUAUCUUUUUCCCCUCCCACAAGGGACUUUUUUCUCAAAGUUUUAAGAAUACAACUAUUAAUCGAUUCAUCGACAACUAAUCUAUUAAUUGACAGCUACAGUAUAUUUAAAAUAGGUUCAUUGUUAAGCGACAUUAUAUUUCAAAUUGUCUUCAGCCUGUCGGCGUCUUAGCAUCGAUAUUUGAAUUUGAUUCAAAUUAAACCUUUCCAGCAGGACGGUGGAGCAGUUGUAGAGCAUCUGCCUCACAGUUCUGAGGACCGGGGUUCAAAUUCCAGCCCCGCCUGUGUGGAGUUAGCAUGUUCUCCCCGUGCCUGCGUGGCUUUUCUCCGGGUGGGCACUCCGGUUUCCCCCCACAUCCCAAAAAACAUGCAACAUUAACUGGACACUCUAAAUUGCCCCUAGGUGUGAUUGUGAGUGCGACUGUUUCUCCAUGUGCCCUGUGAUCGACUGGCGACCAGUCAAGGGUGUACCCCGCCUCCUGUCCGACGACAGCUGGGAUAGGCUCCAGCACUCCUGCAACCCUUGUGAGGAUAAGCGGCUUAGAAAAUGGAUGGAUCAAAACCUUUGCAAACAUCUGCUUUUUCUUUGGAACACACUGAUCGAGUUUUUCCCCAUUUUUGUGAUGUGGCGCAAACCAGUAACAAUAACGUUCGGUUUUUGAACAAUGGGAUUUUUUUUUUUUUUUUUUUUUAAAUCUGAUAUAUCAACAGAUUGAUUAUUCAAAUAAUUAUUCAUUUCCUGCACAAAAGAAAUUGUCUAUUUUCUGUAAAAGAAAUUCAAUUUGAAUCCCCGCCUUUGUCUUGAAGACAUAUGAAUUUAUUCUCAAUAUUAACACAUCUUUAAACAAAUCAUACAGUAUUACAUUAUAUUACAUAUUGACUAUUAUGCACCCCUUUUUUUUUUUUUUUUAACUUGCAGACAAGAUGUGUAUAGGACGUGUGUAUACAAGGCCACUAUUUGAGGAAGUACAUUUGUUAGUGUAUAUUUGUGUGAUAUAAUUUUUUUUUUCUUAUACAUUUGCGGGUGAAUUUGCUUUACUUUGCCGAAGUGACAGAGGCGGGCGAACGGUGCUGCGAGGGGCAGUGGGCAAUUCCCGCGCGCUUGCUUGCUUGCUUGCAGAAGCAACAGAGAAGCUGUUGUGUUGUCUUGCACUGAACUUUUUUUUUUUCUCUGUCACACUUGAAAACACAAAGCGUGAAAAGGAAAGCCAGCCUCCAUUGGGGGUUGGGGGAGGGGGGGGGGUCCUCUCUGCUUGUGUUGUGUAUUUUUGGUGUCCUCUCCUAAAGCCUGAUUAUAAAUGUGGCCCACGAACAUUGGAGGGGGGCGGGGAGGAAUCACAGAAUUCUGAGCCACUUUGCUCCAGAUCAACCACUUAAAGCUGAUUUUUCCCAGCCCGCUGGAACAGAACCCCCCCUCCCCCCCCCAACCACCCCUACAUUGGCGCAGUCGCUCCAGCACGCACAGGACGACGGCCAUGAGCCCAUUUUAAGAAGAACGCGCCUUUAACGCGUUUGUGUAUUUUCCCGCCGUCCCUGAACGCCUCUCCCGUGAUGCUUUUGAUUAAUAAUAAAUCGUUGUGCCGUUAGUCACUUUUUGCUCUCACGUCUCAUUGGCGUCCGAUGCUGAGCCGGCGCUCCAAAAUUUUCCAGAAAUUCUCGUGUCUCGCGCGUCCUCAGGCUUUUAUGAUCUCUCAUUGAACUUUGAUCUUAAAAUGUUAAGAAUUGUCUCAAAAUUUUGAUGGGUUUUCCAAAAAAAAAAAAAAAAAAAAUCUAAUUUCGCAAAAUACAGACUUUCUAAAACUGCAAAACUACUCUUCUACUAAGAUUGCAAAUUAUUUAAAAAAUUGACUUCAAUGAACAUUUUAAACAAUUCCAAAAAAUAUACAAUGAAUGAAUAAAUUUUCUCUCAAGAAAAAAUAUGACGUAUUUAUUUUUCCCCGUUCAAAAAUACAAUUGAUUUAGAUUUUUGCGUGAUGAAAUACAACCUCUCAUAAAUCAUAACUUUGCUCCUCUCCAAAAAUUCCACUUUAUUCUUGAAAAAUACUGAUACUUUGUUUAAAAAUAAUAAUAAUUUUGUGAAGUCAAUUUUUCUUCUAGAAAAAAAACACAAACUGCAGUUUUUUUUCCUCCACAAAUUGUGAUAUUAAUAUUUUGGUACACCUUUCCUUUAUCUAGAAAAACAUUGAUUAAUCAUAUAAAACUGGUCUUUUUUUCUUUUAAAAAAAUGCAAUCAAAAUCUCAUGUAAAAUUAACAUUUUUGUCUCCUAAUAAAUUAAUCUUGAAAUUAUUAUUUUUGUUUUAAUUUAUCCUCCAAAAAUUACAGCUCAGACCUUUUUCUUUGAUAAUUAAUUAAUUCAUUUUUAAUCUGUAUAAAUAUAAAUAAAAAAAUCAAAGUAAUACUACAAAAUGUUGACUUUCGACACUCGUCUCCCAAAAUUGCACCUUUAAUCGUUUAAAAUUGAAUAUUCUUUCUUCAAAAAUAGAUGUUAACUUCCUUUUUUUUUGAGCAAACGUUUUGCGGUAAUCUACUUUCUUGUCACUUGUAAAUUUCCCAUCUUUUUUCUUUAUUCAUGUAAGAUUCUGCCUUAUUUUCUCCUCCUCCUCCAAAUGUAAAUCGUGUGUACAUCGCUUCCUUCCCCAUUGGUGGUGUUUUAGUCCCGCCCCUGAAUGUAUUUUUAAACGUCUCAUGGUGCUUUGACAAUACAGUAAAAUAAAAUAAAGCGGUGUGAAUUUGUCA